AUGGAGAUUGACAGAUGGAUACCCGGGUGUCAUCCGUCAAGAUGUGAAGGAUCCAUCGAGCCAGCACUCUUCCAUAACCGUAGCCUGAAGGCAACUGACAACUGUUGGAUGGCUACACCCAAGUCUCGUCGCAAGAGUGCAUGCGUCGAUCUCCGGAUCCUUUUUGACAACGUCGAGAAUGGAGGAGUCUUCGACAGUGUGGAGGCGUCCCGACCGGGGCUUAUCUUCGAAGUCGGUGUCUCCGCUUGCGAAGCGAGCGAACCAGCGCUUGACAGUCCUGAUGGUAGUAGUGGCCUCGCCCAAUCUGCGGACUGCUGCCGUUGCUCCAAUGCAGCCACGCCAUUCAUAGAAGAUGAUAGCCCGAAGUUACUCCUGCAUAAUUGA